AGCUUUUCGCUUGAAAAGAAAACAGGGAAGAAAUGUUUUAUGAUAUCAGCUAGAGAACUUGCUAUUUCAUGGGGAGUUGAUACACCAUGGUAUUGGGAAUGGAUAUCUCACCCCGACUCCAGAUUUUCAGAAGUGGCUCAUUUGAAGGCUGUAAGUUGGCUUGAUAUACGAGGCACGAUUGGAACAGAAAUGUUGUCAAAAAGAACCAAAUAUGGUGUUUAUUUAGUGUUCAAAUUGGUAGAGGGACAUGAAGGACUAGAAAUUGCUAAUGCAUUUGUUAGAUUUGUGAAUCGUGUGAGCGACCAAGAGGCUGAGGGACGAGCUAGCAUCGUGAGUCUAGUCGAGAAAAAGUUUAGGAGUCGCAAACGCAAUGUGAAACGUCCACAAAAAAGAUUCGAUGGAUGGAUGGAAAUAGAGUUGGGGAACUUUUUCAACGAUUCAGGAGAAGAUGGAGAUAUUGAAGCGCGAUUGAUGGAGAUUACGCGGCUUCAUGGAAAAGGUGGCCUUAUUGUUCAAGGAAUCGAAUUUAGACCAGAAUGAAGAAGAAAUUGUACAAUCCUAUAAUUUAACGUAUGUGUUUUCUUGAUAUAAACAAUGAUGCAUGUGUUAUGGCUA